GGCCCCCAGAGUGACCCCCGGGACCCCCAGAGUGACCCACGGGACCCCCAGAGUGACCCACAGGACCCUUGGGACCACCAGGACCCCCAGAGUGACCCCCGGGACCCCCAGGGCCACCAGAGUGAUCCCCGGAACUCCACAGACCCCCAGAGUGACCCCCGGGACCCCCAGAGUGACCCAUGGGAUCCCCAGGACCCUGGGGACCCCCAGAGUGACCCCUGGGACCCCAGACCCCCGCCCCCCCAGCCCCGUGGCCACGCCCUCCCCUUUCUGAGGCCACACCCCGGCCCCGCCCCCCUCUGGCAGGUGGGGGUGUGGUUCUCCAACCGGACGCUGGCGAUGGACGCGGCGACGUUGGCGCUCAACGCCUCGGACAGCCUGGCCAACAAGACCCUCAUCAUCACCACCAUCCUGGAGAACCCGUACGUGAUGCGGGUGGGGGGCGCGGGGGGCCCCGAGCGCUACGAGGGUUUCUGCGUGGACAUGCUGCGGGAACUCGCCGCCCUCCUCAAGUUCCGCUUCCACAUCAAGCUGGUGGAGGACGGGCUCUACGGGGCCCCCGAGCCCAACGGCUCCUGGACCGGCAUGGUGGGGGAGCUCAUCAACAGGGUACGAGGGGGGGGACGGGGGGGGAAUUGGGGUCUCC